AUGUCUUCGACCAAAGUUCAGCAACCCGAUUGGAUCAAGCCCGUGGGUAAGGAGGAGCCCAAAUUAAGACUCUACAAUUCGUUGACUCGGACUAAAAAUGAGUUUAUUCCAAUUACUACAAAGCAUAUAAACUGGUAUUGUUGUGGACCAACCGUUUACGACCAUUCCCAUAUGGGACAUGCAAGAAACUACGUAUCCACUGAUAUCUGUAGAAGAAUAUUACAGGAUUACUUUGGGUAUAAUAUUAACUUUAUUCAAAACGUUACUGAUAUCGAUGAUAAAAUUAUCAUUGCCGCUCGUCAAGAAUACUUAUUUGAACAGAAAAUAUCAAACGUUUAUGAAAAAGUUAAUGAUGAGUUGGUAGAGGUUUCUAAAAAACAUCUUUCUGAUUAUAUUUCUAAAAAUUUACCCCAAUUUAAUCAAGAUCAAGAUUUUAUAGAUUGGAUCAAUCAGGUUAACACUGAACAAGAAACUCAACUAAAUCCCAAAUUCCCAAUGUAUCUUAAAGCUUCCAAGUUGGCUCAUCAAACCAUCUUUGAUGAUAAUGCUAAGAAUGUGCCAAUCAUUGAUUUCUUACAAAAUAUUAAAGAAAUUUCAAUGCCAAGUUUAGAUAAAGAAUUCGGUUCAACAGUUAAUGAUCCUUCUAUCUUUAGAAAACUUCCUUCCUAUUGGGAAAACAAAUUCAAUGAAGAUAUGUCCAAAUUGAAUGUUUUACCUUCUUCAAUUACUACUAGAGUCAGUGAAUAUAUUCCAAAUAUCAUUGAUUUUGUUGAUAAAAUCAUUGAAAAUGGUUAUGCUUAUUCCACUAAUGAUGGUUCAGUCUAUUUCGAUACUUUCAAAUUCGAAAAUGAUCCAAAUCAUGAUUAUGCUAAAUUACAACCUUGGAAUAAAGGUUCUUUAGAAUUAAUUAAUGAUGGUGAAGGUUCUUUAUCAACUGGUCAAUCUUCUAAAAAAUCUACUGCUGAUUUUGCUUUAUGGAAAGGUUCAAAACCUGGUGAACCCUCUUGGCCUUCGAAAUGGGGUGAUGGUAGACCGGGUUGGCAUAUCGAAUGUUCGGUGAUGGCUUCCGAUAUCACGGGCGAAACUAUGGAUAUUCAUUCUGGUGGUGUGGAUUUAUGUUUCCCCCAUCAUGAUAAUGAAUUAGCCCAAUCGGAAGCUUAUUAUAAUAAUAAACAAUGGGUUAACUAUUUCUUGCAUAAUGGUCAUUUACACAUUCAAGGUCAAAAAAUGUCAAAAUCUUUGAAAAACUUCAUCACCAUUGAACAAGCUUUGAAAGACUUUUCAAGUAGACAAUUAAGAUUGGUUUUUGCAUUAAGUUACUGGGAUAAACCAAUCGACUUCAAAGAUAGUUUGAUUCAAGAAGUCAAAACUUAUGAAUCUACCCUUUCGAAAUUCUUCACCAAUGUUCGUGCCUUAAAUAAUGAUGUUAAACAUAAAAUUUCCAUCGAUGGUACUAAUCCUUCUAAAAAAAUAUCUCAGCACGAAAGAGAUUUAUUACAAAGCUUAAAACAAGCCCAGACUGAUGUUCACUCCGCCUUUUGUGAUAAUUUAUCAAGUCCUCAGGUUUUAAGAAUAAUUCAAGAUUUAGUCUCUAAAUCAAAUAACUAUAUCCAAUUAACUUCUUCUGGUGAAACUGAAUUAAGAAUUGAUUCUUUACUUCAAAUCACUAGAUGGAUCGUCAAAAUUUUGGAUAUUUUGGGUUUUGAUGCUAGAUCUGAUAAAUUAGGCUGGUUGGAUUCUACUACCGAAGGUGAUUCUUCAUCCUCUAAAGAAGAUGUUGCUUUACCUUAUGUUAAAGCCUUAGCACAGUUCCGUGAUUCUAUUCGUAAUUCGGCAAUUAAUAAGUCCCAAUACAGUGACUUCCUUGAUGCUUGUGAUUCUCUUAGAUCUGAUUUGGUUAAUUUAGGCGUUUCUUUAGAUGAUAGACCUAACGGUUCAGCUUUGGUUAAAUUCUUGAACCCCCAAGAGCAAGAACAAUUAAUCAACCAACAAAAGGCAAAAGAACAAGCUUUAAUCGAAAAGCAAAAGAAAAAAGAGGAACAAGCCUUAGCUAAUGCUAAAAAGGAACAAGAAAAAUUAGAAAAAAUGAAAGUUAACCCUCAAGACUUAUUCAAAGAUACGUCUUUAUACUCCGAAUGGGAUGACCAAGGUAUUCCAACCAAGGACAGCAAAGGUGAAGAAGUUACCAAGAGUAUGAGAAAAAGAUUAACCAAACAAUAUCAACAACAAGAAAAACUCUACCAAGAGUAUUUGAAAUUAGAAAAUAAAAAUUAA